CCGCGAACAAAGAAACAUCACAGAGAAAAAAGUUUCUGUGGGCGAAACGAAAAACUUUCAGCGUUUCCUUACAUUUGGCACGUCGCAAUGAAAAGCAGGAAACGUGAUUAUGUAGGCCCUCGAACUUAAUCCGCGGAUUGGAGUGGUUUUAAUUGAGAAAUCUGAGGGACCAGUUGAGUUGUGCAUACAAAACCCAAGGACGAAAGAUGGCUUCAGGAGAGGGGAACAAAAUUAUGGUGUUUCGUCCAACUUUGGAAGAGUUUGCAGAUUUCUCUGCUUAUAUUCGUAAGAUGGAAGAGAUGGGAGCUCAUCGAGCUGGUGUUGCUAAGGUCAUACCUCCCAAAGAAUGGGUUCCUCGUAAAAGUUAUGAAGACAUAGACACUAUGAUUCCGGCGCCAAUAUUACAAGUUGUAACUGGAACUCAAGGACUGUUCCAGCUGUUCAAUGUGCAGAAGAAGGCAAUGUCUUUUAGUGAAUUCAAGAAACUUGCCAACAGUGAAAGGCACAGACCUCCCACGGGAGAUCAAGAUGAGAUUGAAAGAAAAUACUGGAAAAACGUGACAUUCAACAACCCAGUUUACGCAGCUGAUAUUCCCGGCACAGUGUACGACAAGGAUGUGAAAGAAUGGAACAUAGGAAGAUUAGGAACAAUUCUUGAUUUGAUCAAGAAUCAAUAUGGAGUCCAUAUCGAGGGAGUAAACACCCCAUAUUUGUACUUUGGGAUGUGGAAAGCUACAUUUGCAUGGCAUACUGAGGAUAUGGAUCUCUACAGUAUAAACUACUUACAUUUUGGAGCUCCAAAGACUUGGUAUGCAAUCCCUCCCGAACAUGGCCAGCGCUUGGAAAGACUUGCUGCAGGUUUCUUUCCCGGAAGCUUUCAAAGCUGUUCCCAGUUUCUUAGACACAAGAUGACUAUUAUCUCACCCCAAGUGCUUAGAAAGUUUUCAAUACCAUAUGAUAAGAUAACACAAGAAGCUGGCGAAUUUAUGAUCACCUUUCCUUAUGGCUAUCACUGUGGUUUUAACAAUGGUUUUAACUGUGCUGAGUCGACGAAUUUUGCGUCUGAAAGAUGGAUUGAUUUUGGAAAGAAAGCGCAAGUUUGUAUGUGUAAAAAGGACACCGUUAAGAUUUGCAUGGAUGUCUUCGUUAAGACAUUUCAACCAGACAAGUGGGAAGAGUAUCUGAAGUCCAAACAAGACGACAGCAGUGACAGCGAGGAUGACGAGGAAGAAGAGCAACACGAGGAAGGGAAAGAGAAAAAGAAAAACGAAAAAGAUAGAGCGCCGGGGAAAGAAAAAAUCAAGUCAGAGGGUCUUCUUAUAGACGUGGAUGAUGACAUGCCCCUUGCUAAGUUGAAAGAAACGCUAGCAAGAGGGUCUCUUGAGAGACGAAAAUCUGCAUCUAAAAGACAGCCCGUGGUUACAAAAUCCUUCACUGUCCCCAGCAGUGCUGGGAGAAGAAAUAAAAUGGAAGAAACCAAGAAAAGAAAAGGUCGGAAAGAUCAAGGAGGAAAAACUAGCACAUCCAAUAAAAUACUGUCUAGUAUUCUUGACGGGCUAUGGCAUCAUCAGCUGCCGAAUUUUGAGGUGGAACAGGCUUUUAACAUCGUUCUCUCACAGCAGGAACCUCAUUGUUCUGUUUGUAGCUUCUUCUCAAAAUCAGAGGAUAAUCUGCUAGUACAUCUAAGAGAAAAUCUCCACAAACCGCUUUCCAAUUUAACGAUAAACCUAACUGGUUUGACCGAAAAGCUGUCUGUCCCUAAAGUACCAGAGAUUUGCUUCAUGUCGGACGACUCCAGUCCUGAGAGUAUGAGCUCUUGGCUGGACAAAAAGUUCACCACAGAUACAGCAAGUCCUCUGCUACGAUGUGCAUCAUGUAAAUUACUUGUUCAUGCAAGUUGUUAUGGUGUAAGUCAUGCUCCAAGUGAUGGCCAGUGGAAAUGUCAAAGAUGUCUUCAAGACGAUCAAUCAGCCAUUGAAAAUAGUUAUUGCUCGUUAUGUAGACUGGGUGGUGGUGCUUUGAAGAGGACAACAGACAGCAGAUGGGUUCAUAUAGGAUGUGCAGUAGCUGUACCUGAAGUGUUCUUUGUCGAUGUGAAUCUUAGGGAAGGAGUUAACAUCGAUAAAAUUACUUCAGCAAGAAGAAAACUUAAAUGUUUUUAUUGUCGAUCAAGUUCCACGGCCAGCGGAAGGGAUAAUGGUGCAUGCGUACAAUGUUGCGCGGGAAAGUGUGCAGUAUCCUUUCAUGUGACGUGCUUUGUUUUGGCCGGGUUCGUGCUGGAGCCAAGUGAUUGGCCGCAACCUACGGAAACCUACUGCGAGAGACAUCUGAGAACAAGAUUUAAAGGAAAGCAGAGAGACUUCUCUGUUAUUCAUUUCGGUGAAUCCGUUGUAGCCAAGCACAAAAAUGGAAGAUAUUACAGGGGCGUGGUGCAGGACACGACAACUGAUGAGUAUUAUGUGGUGUCAUUUGAUGAUGGGACGUACUGCGAUAAUUUACCUCCAACUGACAUUGUGGGCCAUGACAGCACACAAGAGGAUAUUCCUGUAGGAAGGGUUAUUCAAGUCAGGUGGAGCGAGGACGGUGGACUGUAUAAAGCCAGAGUCACUGGCCGAAGAAUAAGCGUUACAUACCAGGUUGAAUUCGAAGAUGAUUCGUGGUUAAGCGUCCGCCGGGAGGACGUGUACAAAGCAAGUGAAGAACUUCCUCUUAAAGUGCAACAGCGACUGUCCUCCGCCACAGAGACAGCUAAUCUGUGUUACUGGGAAGACAUUCCUGAUCACAGCGCCAAGCGACCAAGGAAACAGAACCCACGCUUUCUAUGAAAGAUUAAUUGUAAGCUUUGGAUAUUUCGUCCUUUUAUCGAUAUUGAUAAAGGGGCCAUGGUUUCUGCCAUCUUCAUUUUGAGCCGCGGUUUUGAAGGUCAAUCUCCUGGGUAAGAAGUUCAAGAUCAACAGCGGAAAACCUUUCAUAGCAAGUCAGCCUAUUGAAAACAAAUUGUGUCAAGUUGCGAUAAAAGCAGCCUUGUGUGUUUAUUCCUCUUAAUGGGCGGGCCCAUUAAUCCCAAUAAUAUUUUGAGCUUGUGGUUAGCUAGUCUUAGAAGAAAACGAAAAGGAAGUGAAUCCCUCGAGCCUUUUUUACAGCAUUAGUUGUCUCGAAUGUCUUACAAGCUACGAAAUCAGUAAUUUCGUUAACGAAUUGAUAAAUCAAAACAGGAGCUUAUAUCAUUGGUAUUCAUAAACACGAGAAAAUUCUGGUAGUUCAGCUGGAGACGACGAAGGAAGUUAAGAGCUGACCUCAAAAAAUGAUUUUGAUAACCCAUUAACACCAGAAAAACACGUGUAAUUAAACCGGGUUUACCUGUGUGAUAAUCAGAAGCAGAACUAAAAAACUGAAUUUUCCAUAGGAUUCUAGUAGGCACUAACUUGUAUUUUGAAUUCGCUAAAUUUGAAGACAACAAACUUCGGGUGAAGAAGCUUUUAUUUAGAAAACAAAUUUAAAUCUUAUUCGACAAAAAAGCUUCAAAACAUGUUUACGCUAUUGUGUGAACAAGGUAUAAGAUUCCUGUGCUCGCGUGUAUGUUCAUGCAGCAUGAAAAGUUAAUGAGUGUGAAGUCAUUCAAAUGAUCUUCUUCAAAGGUGCAGGGGAUUCGCUUUCGUAUUUUAAAAAAUUCCUUUCUGAGUAUAUUUUUUUUGGGUAUUUUUGAUGUUUUGUUUUUCAAGGACGUUAUGCUAUAUUAUGAGGCAUUUUGUGUGAGCUAAGUAUCCACUUUUUCGGCGCCGAAAAAAAUGUAUUUUGGCAAACAUUGUUAAAUGGUUCUAGGUUCAUUACAAAAAAGCUAUAAAUGUUAGCUUUAUUUAAACCAUUUGAAGCAAGUGAAUAGCAUAUUACAAGGCAUUUUUCUGAUAGGAUUUUCAUACGAUCUGUGCCUGAAUCGAUCUAAUUACAGCGAUACAGCACUUUAUACUAACUCAGUCGUUUUUCAAAUUCAUUCAUACUUUUAACAUGUAUUGUCCUUCGUUGGAGAUAAAAUGUAGUUAAAUUUAAACUUGAAACAACGAAUUUAUUUUGUAAGGUCUUGUACCGGAAGGAAAAGCAAUGAGAUCACACACCCCUCCGUGUUGGGAGAGUUUUAAGGGGAUCUUGAAAUAUUCAAUCCUGAUUCGCGAAUUUAAUCACGUGAGCACUCUAAACCGAAUCAUUCAAACAUGCUUGGUGCCUGUAACGUUAUUCUUGAGUUGAACAGCUUGCGUAAGACUCGAAAUUUAAUCUAAUGAUAGAUAUGAUCUCUUACAUGUAGCUUUAAAAUUCUCUUUAGAUACAACCUAAACUACUUGACUAAAAUUAAUUUACUCGAGAGCUCGCUUGUUAAUUGUAGAUAAAAUUGCAUAUUGGCCGCUAUUUAUGAUUGCUUAUUUAACAGCGUAUGAGGUAUUUAAUGAAAUACUGCUAUCUUUCGCAAAUCAAACGUAAAUAGUUAAGUAUUAGGUGUUUUGGGGUAUUGUAGCUUCACUUUCCACUCAUUUGUAGACUGGAUUCUCGUUUCAAGACUUGCAUGGUGAUACUCGACCCGUAAAAUUAGAUUUUUAAGAAUGAGAGCGCUUUCCGAUUGAGUGUCUUAAAAUUCUCUUCAAUGAAAGGAAUCUCGACGGCCAAUCAGAACAAUGGACAGCAUCACAAGGAACCAAUGGAACGUAAAGGAAAAUUCUUUUAACAAUUUUAAGCGCGGGAAAACGAAAAGGCACGAUUUGUUUUGGUUCUGUAUCUGAUUGGUUGAGAGAUUUGCGCUUAAUUUGUUAACAAAUCACUCAUCGCUUUGAGGCAAAGCUGGCGUAAUUCGGGAUUUUUUCGACACUCGAUUGAGAAUUGCUCAGAGAACAGUCCUGGGUUGCUUAACCAAGUCUCUAUCCGUGAAUGAGUCGGCAGAGAAGAUUGCGGGCUCGUUGAAACAUCACGGUGGAGACUUGGCGACGAAUUUGUAAUUUGGUCAACUUAAAAGACUUCCAAUUUGAAUUUUGUGUGCCUAGUUUUGUGCCAUGUUAAACUUCUCUAAUUCUCCGAUACUUGUACAUGAAACAAUUAAGUUAUAUAUGCUCAUUUUUCCAAGCAGUCAAACCAAAAUAAAAAUUUUUGGAUAUCCCA